AAGCGGGGCAGGGCGCUGCGCCCCCGUGCGCGGAGCUGGGCGGCAUGCGGAGCCUGGCCGCGUCUCGGGGCUUCCUCUUCGAGUGGGUUGGUGGUGGUGGCUUUUUUUUUUUUUUUUUUUUUUUUUUUUGAGCGUGUGAGUGUUAUUUUUUUUUUUUUUCCGCCAACUUCCUUCCUGCUCCAACUGCCAAAGCUGAAAGCGGAGCGCUGCGAGCAGAGGAGGACCCCGGAGGCAGGCGCCGCGCAGGCAACCAAGUGAUCAUGACUGAGAAGACACAGGAACCUCAUGUGGAGGAAGACGAUGAUGAGCUGGAUGGGAAACUGAACUACAAACCUCCUCCCCAGAAAACACUGCAGGAGCUACAAGAGUUGGACAAAGACGAUGAGAGCCUUGCUAAAUACAAGAAGUCCCUGCUGGGAGAUGGACCUGUGGUGGCAGACCCAACAGCUCCCAACGUGGUGGUCACCCGGCUCACCCUGGUGUGUGACUCUGCUCCAGGACCGAUCACCAUGGACCUUACAGGUGACCUUGAAGCACUCAAGAAAGAGACCUUUGUAUUAAAGGAAGGAGUUGAAUACAGAGUUAAGAUCCACUUCAAAGUAAACAGGGACAUUGUGUCGGGACUGAAAUACGUGCAGCACACCUACCGGACAGGAGUGAAGGUGGACAAAGCCACGUUCAUGGUUGGCAGCUAUGGGCCACGGCCAGAGGAAUAUGAGUUCUUGACGCCUAUUGAAGAGGCUCCUAAGGGAAUGCUGGCUCGAGGUACCUAUCACAACAAGUCAUUCUUCACGGAUGAUGACAAGCAUGACCAUCUCACCUGGGAGUGGAACCUGUCCAUCAAGAAGGAAUGGACAGAAUGAGUUCACCCGGUUUGCCUUCCCCCUUCCCGUCCCCUUGCCUCCUGCACCAGUCUCCAGGUGGGCCAUGCCCACCACGCUGCUCCCUCCUGCCACUGUGGCUGGCCACAGCCCUUGCAGCCCUUCCGUGGGUGCCAGGGCUCUGUGCCAGCCUUGGUCAAUGCACAGGCUAGCAGAUGGCCUUUGCUGCUUCUUCUGAUACACUGAAAAUAACCCACCCGUUCUCACCACUGCCCCAUCAUGACACAUAAUGGUUUAAAUUGGGAAGCAUUUCCCUCCCUUUCUCCCAGUACUUCUUCCUGCUGCCUCCAUUUCUCCUUCUAUACCAACUCCGGUCCCGGAAAGUGCCUUUUCUAGGAAGCAAGAUCACCUCGCCAGCUCCUUGAGUCUCCUGGCAGGGCGGACUGGUCCCUGGAAAAUCCCUCUCUGAGUUACACGUGCCAUGUGCUCUGACUCAUUGUAAAUGGCUACUUACCUCCCGUGGUGGUCUCCUGGUUUGUAUCUGGUGCCCUACCCUGUUGAAAUCCAUACUCGUGCAGGCAAAAUCAGUCAGGGGGAUGCAGCUAGAUGCUGUAACAAGACUUCAGUGUCUCAAGAAUAAAAAUGGUUUCUUUCUUCUUCUCUG